AUGGGAAAGAAGAAACGACAUGUUCAUAGUUGUGAUUUAGAUUGUUACAACUUUAAUUAUGAAAGUAUUUAUAAUGAGAAGGAAUAUAAAGAAUGUUUUUGGGAAUAUUUACGUUGUACUCAUAACGAAGAGGCAUUAUAUUUCAUUCAAAAAGUACAACAAUUCAAACGAAAAGAUAUUUCAUCCAAACAAAAAGCUAAACUGGCUAUCGAAAUAUAUUACGACUUUAUAAAGGAUGGAGGAAAGUACGAAUUAAAUCUCUCCUCAAAAGAUAAACAAUUCAUUCAAGAUGAAUUUCAAAAAUCAGAUCAAUUAUUCCACCAAGACACAUGCACCAUCAGCGAAACCAUAUUUAACACACUUGAACAAACCAUUCAUCUUAGUUUAAAGGAAGCAACAUUUCCUCACUUUGUGAAAUCUCCAAAAUUUAAAGACUUUGCCAUGCAACAAACGUGUGAUUUUCUUGACAAAAUUGGUUAUAGGAUAAACGUAAAGAAAAUUGACAUUAUUCAACAACUCAAUGCAGGAAGUACUUUGAUGUCUCCAAUGAGCACAACAUCCUCAUUUACCUUAAGUGAUAGAUCGAAUAGUAGUCUGAAUAAUUCAACUCUUGAAGGACAUGUCAUUGGAUCAUCCUUUUUUGGAUUUGAAGAGAAAAUGUUAAGUAAUAGUUACAACAAUUCCAAUGAUAAAAUUGGGAGAUCAAUAGAUCAAGGUUGGAGGCUCGUUGACAAACAAUCUCACAUCACCAUGGAUGAUUUUCGUUUCAUGGCUAAAAAAUUGUUGGGAACGGAUUCUAGGAUUGCAGAUGACAUUGGAAAAUUCAUCUCAAAAACGAUGGGAAAUGUUCCAACAGAAAUACCUUCUAUGAACAAAUCCAAUGAUGGAUCUGCAGAGAGAUCAAAAUCCCUUUCAGCAGCAUCACUUCCCAAUCAUCCAUCUCAUCUUGUUCGUACCAAUAGUGAUCGUUUAGUAUCCUUGUCAUUACGAAAAGGGUCCAUAGAAUCCACAUCCUCUUCUGUCUCGACUGUGGAAUAUUUUGAAGAUAUUUGGAAAAAGGUUGAAAAGAAAACACCAACAUACAUUUUGACGAACUAUGAGAUUAAACCUGAGGUCUUUGAGGAGCAAGAUACCGAAUUAAUGGAUUCCUUGAAAAAUAUUCACAUUUUUAAGACAGAGAUGGAGUUUCCUUACAAUGUCAAAUUUGUGGUAGAGACUCUUACUAAAGGACAAUAUCGAAUUCAAUUUGAUGACAUGCUGAAGGAAUCAUUUUCUUUGGGUUUUUGUCAUCUUCACAACCCUCCUACUGAAGAAGAAGUUCGGAGAGAAGCAUGCUCAUCUUCAAUGCUUCAGGAAGUAUGGAGGUUUUCGUCUUUUGGUUUGUUAUAUCUGAAAGAUAGAAGCUUUAUUGUGGAAGCAAGUCUUAUUCAUGACAUUCCAAAUAAUGCUUAUUUGUUGUUGAAAAAGAGUGUGGAUAAUGUCAUAAUUGACGAUAGUGAUUGUGUAAGAGGACGACUUCUUCAAUUGCAGGUGUUUGAGCAUCUAUCCAAGGACAAAACUGCCUUCAAGGAUUUUGUUGUCAUUGACAUGAAAGAUUCAUGUAAACCUCUAAUUUUUGAAAGUUGUGUCUCCAAGAGAGCCAAGGAUCUAUAUGAAAAAGGUCUUGCUGCUCUGAAAGCAAACAUGGUUUUAUGUGAAAAACAUUUUGCGACUCCUGGAGACAGUGAUCGACUUUUAGAGACAUUAGCCUCAAAUGAGAAAGCUGGGCAUUGCAACAAAAUAGGAUUUAAAUUAAGGACCGAUCGCUCUUCUUCUUUGGAUCGAGAUCUCGACAUGAUGCAGUACUAUCAAUGA